AUGGGCAACAAGCAGACUGUGUUCACUCACGAGCAGCUGGAGGAAUACCAGGACUGUACUUUCUUCACGAGGAAGGAGAUCAUGAGACUCUUCUAUCGCUACCAGGACCUGGCUCCCCAGUUGGUGCCCCUCGACUAUACUACUUGUCCUGAGGUGAAGGUUCCCUACGAGCUGAUUGGCAGCAUGCCAGAGCUGAAGGAUAACCCUUUCCGCCAGAGGAUUGCACAGGUCUUCUCUCAAGAUGGGGAUGGUCACAUGACCUUAGAGAACUUCCUCGAUAUGUUCUCAGUGAUGAGCGAGGUGGCUCCUCGGGACCUGAAGGCCUACUACGCCUUUAAGAUUUAUGACUUCAACAAUGAUGACUACAUCUGUGCGUGGGACCUGGAGCAGACGGUGACCAGGCUUACCCGUGGGGAGCUGAGUGCUGAGGAGGUGACCCUGGUCUGUGAGAAGGUGCUGGAUGAAGCAGACAGCGACCAUGAUGGGCGGCUGUCCCUGGAGGACUUCCAAAACAUGAUCCUGCGGGCACCAGACUUCCUCAGCACCUUCCACAUCCGCAUCUGA